CGUAUCUCAUCAACUGAACCCUUUUAUGUACUGAGGAAAAAGUUUUCAGUCCAUUGCAGAGGAGUAGCGAUGAGUCACGGUCAUGGGACAUUUCUCUGAUUCUGUACAAAAAGACGAGGCAUUCGAAGACUUUGUCAACAAACUAACCAAAGACAUCGUUGAGGAUGCAAUUUUAGACGCUGCUUUUCAUCGUUCAGAGGAUUCGAAUGAAAGCGAAGAUUCUGACGAAUUAUAUCUACCAAGCAAGGCUCAACAUUUCAAAACAGGCGCACCUCUUGAUGUGAGGAUUGUAGACUUCUUCUUCAAAGCUUUCACUCCGAGAAAUAUGGCGAAGUACCUCGUUUUCUUACUGGCUCUUAUGUUAUCUGACACCUUGUGGAAUUUUAUCGCAGAUGUUUAUUCACGACCCACUAUUUUGAAGCCCAAAGGUCCUCGUCCCUUCUUUUCAAAUUCUAGCAACACAUAUCUGACUGAUUACUAUACAGGAGAGUUUCGACCGGAUAGGGCAAUUCAGCAUACUAACCUGCUUGUAGCCAUGUAUUAUGCUCCGUGGUCAUAUCAUUCGCAACGUCUCAGGCAUCCAUUCGAAGUGGUAGCUCUUAUGUUACGUAAUCAUAGGGAUAUUCGUAUUGUCGGUGUAAACUGUUGGACAACUGGUGGAGAUUGCCGCAAAGCGUACAAAAUCUUUCAGUAUCCAAUAAUAGUUGCUUAUUCAUCUUCGGUACAUUCUGUCUAUCAAGGAGAACAUUCUACGGACCAUUUGUAUAGGUGGAUUGUGAAUGUGAGAAACCCCUUAAGACGCGUCGAUAGGAUGACGGAGCUGGAUUCAUUGAAGAAAAACUACCAUACACUCGUUGUCGGUUAUUUCCCUUUUAAGGAUAUGCAUACACCUGAAGGGUAUCGUGUGUUUGCUGCGGCUGGUAUGAUGUUGAUGACAGGCACACCUGAAGACGAUUCCACAUGUUUUGUGACUGUCACCCGCAACGAAUUAGCUCACCAGUUGGGCAUGCGAUUUGAGGGUGACAUACAGUUAUACAUUGCUGAGGGUCAUGUAUACUCCUGGCCUUUCACAAAAUCGAAGACGGCUGAAAAUCUGGUGGAGUGGGUUCGCGAGAAGCGUGCAGAGGUAGCUCCUGUCAGAUGGAUUCACUUCAAUAGAAAUACGGAACUGAUGACAGCUCAGUUUUGGCAUCUACUCAACAAAUCUUCUGUCUUGCUGCUUAUCACCCCUUUAACCCGUAUCUAUCGGGCGCAACCGGACGUCACUCUUUUCUCGGAGUUGGCCAAGGAAUAUUGCAACUGCGAACAGGAGAGCAUUUUGCGUAUGAGUCACGAUCCGGUGACCACUAGUACACCGUCCUUACACGAUGAGCUUCUAAAGGAUAAGCAGGCAUGCGCUGAAGCUACAGAAGGAAUAGUCAAGAUGGAUUCAUGCUGUCGCUCACUGUUGCCAUCUGUGGACUGGAACAUGGCAUGUGCUUCUUCUGCAAAAUACCACUGGGAAGAUGAGGAGAAGAGAAGUGAAGAAGCCGAAUCUGAGGGGCGUAGACGCAGGAGCCACUGGACGGAAGAGGUGCUGGCUGCAACAAACCAAUGCAUAGCAGUACGAAAUGGAAGCCUAAGAGCAAAUGCAGUAUUAUUACGAUGCUGUGCGAAUUAUGAAGAAUUUUCGCAGCUGGAACUGACGCGAGUGCAGAAAUCAGUUUCGUCUCAUAAUCUCCAUGCUCGUGAGGUGAAAGUUGCUGAUCUAUGUAUGCGGGGUCGUUUGCACGAAUACAUGAAGUACCCUACAAUCAAUGAGACUUUCGGUGAACAUAGCAGUACCUAUCUUCACACAAAUCUAUCAGUGCGAGGUUUGGCUUGCUCAGAUAACAGAAAUACUUUGAGAUUUGCUGUAUUGGAUUCAUUGCACUACUCAUAUUUUCUGGAGAAAUGGGGCCUAAAUGAUACUAAUUUACCAGCAGUAGUGGCAAUCACAUCGAGGCUUGGACUGUUUUCUAUAAUGGAUGGAAUUUUGUCGCAGGAGCGAUUGCGAAAGUUUAUCAAGGAUUUUCAUUCGCAUCUCCUGCCGGGACACUUGAGAAGCGAAGAGCUAAACAUCAGCGUAAAUGCACACAGAAAGCCCGACCAAGUUCAUCCUCGUACACGGCAGAAGCAGUCGUUGAGGCGUCUCAAUCUUGAAGCGUUUCAUGAACUGAUGUCGAUUAGGGUAAUGCCGUUUGGUGGCCUUCUGGCUGACAUUGGGCCAUGUCGACCUUGGGUCUCACCGGAAGGAGAGCUUUUCUCCAAAUCCAAAACACUGCACGGAAGCAUUUAUUUCGAGCGUGUACUUCGAAUGCUGCCCAACCUGCUCCCAGUGCAUCUACUUCUACUAAACCUGUUGAAAAGAUUAGAAACAUUGGUUCGUGGUAAAGAUGAUGUGGGCGCCACUAUGGACUUCAUGGAACUGGAAAGACAGCGAGGGAUCACCAUUCAGUCUGCCGCAACCUAUGUAGAUUGGCAUGGAACAAAUAUCAACAUCAUCGAUACACCAGGUCAUGUCGACUUUACUGUCGAAGUAGAAAGAGCAUUACGGGUACUUGAUGGUGCUGUGCUAGUACUAUGUGGAGUUGGAGGUGUGCAAUCGCAAACGUUUACCGUCAAUCGGCAACUUAAUAGAUACCAUGUUCCUUUCAUUUGUUUUGUCAAUAAAAUGGAUAGAACCGGAGCAAAUGCCCUUCAUGCGUUGGAUGGGCUCCGUAACAAACUCAAGCAUAAUGCUGCUCUCAUCCAUUUACCGAUUGGCAAGGACUCUGGUUUUCGUGGAAUCGUCGACUUGAUCGAAGAGUGCUCUAUAUUUUACGAAGGAAAAGAUGGUUUGAUCCUGAGGAGAGAUGAUGUGCCACAAGAUAUGAGGGCACAAGUGAAAGACUUUAGACAGGAAAUGAUUGAGCACAUCGCGAACGGUGACGAUGCCAUGGGCGAAAUGUUUCUCAAUGACGAAAAUCCUAGCGCGGAACAGAUUCAUGCGGCAAUCCGGAGGUCGGUCAUAAAGCGAACAUUCCUGCCCGUUUUACUAGGAUCAGCGUUGAAGAACAAGGGCGUACAGACGAUGAUUGAUAGUGUAGUGCGGUAUCUGCCAAAUCCAAGCGAAGUAGUGAAUCGAGCGAAUAUCAAAAACGGAAAUGAAGAGGCCACCAUAAUCUUGUCUCCCGAUAGAAAUAAUCAGAAACCUUUUGUUGGUCUGGCAUUCAAGCUUGAAGCUGGCAGAUAUGGGCAGCUGACUUAUUUUCGAGUGUAUCAAGGGCAGCUGAACAAAGGUGACACUAUAUAUGCUUCGAAGGAUAAACGACGCGUACGUGUGCAACGUUUAGCUCGUAUGCACGCUGCGGAGAUGGAGGAGACAGACACUGUCUUUGCUGGUGAUAUCUGCGCAAUUUUUGGUAUUGACUGCCACUCUGGAGAGACGUUCUGCAGUGAUCCUAACGCACAGCCAUUCUGUGAGUCUAUGCAUAUACCAGAGCCAGUGGUUUCCAUGUCGAUCAAGCCAAUUAACAGAAAAGAUGGCGAUAAUUUUAUAAAGGCCCUUACUCGUUUCACAAAAGAAGAUCCUACGUUUCGUAAGCAUUACAACGCUGAAGCGAAGGAAACUAUCGUAUCUGGAAUGGGAGAGCUCCAUCUGGAAAUCUAUUCUCAACGGAUGAAGAGCGAGUUUAACUGUCCUGUUCAGCUCGGAAAGCCAACUGUUGCUUACCGUGAGAGCAUCGUGAAACCAUACAAGUUCCACUAUCGACAUAAGAAACAAACCGGAGGUCAGGGCCAGUUUGGAGAGAUUGGUGGAGUCAUUGACCCUCUUCCUGCUGAAAAGAACACCGAAGUCGUAUUUAGCGAUGAAACUUUUGGAAACGAUAUUCCGAAAAGUCUCUUACCAGCACUGAAAAAGGGUCUGGAUAUGAUUGUAGCUGAAGGGCCUCUGAUAAAUGCGCGUAUUGCUGGCAUCAAUGUGCGACUGCAGGAAGGAGCUACCCACGCGGUCGAUUCUACAGAGAUUGCUAUGAUCAACACGAUGCAGAAUAUGAUGCGAGAAGCAUUCGAAAAAGCGGAAUGGAUGCUCCUUGAACCAGUUAUGAAAGUUGAGGUCACUGCUCCCUCAGAUUUCCAGGGUGCAAUGGUCACGUCCCUAACACAGCGAAAUGCCACCAUAAUUUCCACAGAUUCCUUUGAAGGCCACACCACAGUCGUGUGUGAGUGCCCCUUGGCGAACAUGUUCGGCUACACAACCCUUUUGCGAUCGAUCACUGAAGGCAAGGGCGAGUUCACUAUGGAAUAUGCUAGAUAUGCGCCCACUAGCGAAGAUUCGCAAAGUGCAGUUAUUCGUGAGUGGCAGGUAGCACACGGUAUAGAAGUGGCUCCGGAAAAGAAGAAGGGCAGGAGAGUAAGACAGGAUGCUAUAUUGAUUUUGUCGCACGAAAUCAUUUGA